GAAGUUACAAGCGAAACGACACUGGACAGUUCGUCUACAGCCGAAUCCACCACAGAGGAUGCUACCACGGUGGAAGCAACAACUACCGAGAAUCUUACCACUUCCGCACCAGAAACUACGGUGGGGUCGACGCAGGAAGCUACGACCGAAACAGUGUCCCCAACAACCGCCGAAACUACAUCCGUUCAGACGACGACGGAAAUCCCGGAAUCAUCGACAGUGACGCAAGAUUUCACAACCGAGCAAACCACAACUACCGAGAGUAGCACGACCACUUCUUCAACGACAACUGUCGAGAGUACCAGCGCUUCCUCGACUGCUGAAGUUACAACCAGCACUGAACCUAGUACGACCACUGGUGUUCCCUCUACGACCCCCGGCGGGGUAUUCGUUUGUCCGGCCGAGGGAAGAUAUCCCGAUCCGAAGGCUGUUUCGUGUGAGUCGUACAUCCUGUGCAUAAGUAACGCCUUGGGCACGCUCACCGCGUUACAAUUCCUCUGUCCACCGACCACAAUUUUCUCGGUAAGCAUUGGCAUGUGUGUGCCGGCUCUGUCUUAUCCCUGCUCCAUCGGGACAACGACGACACCUUCCGCUACGGGAGCACCUCCGACGACGUCCGAAGGGGCCCCCACUACUCCGCCAGCCCCAUUCGUGUGUCCCGCCAGCGGACGGUAUGCCAACCCGGGCUCGAUAUACUGCAAAUCAUACUAUCUGUGUCUGCUGGACGCCUACGACAACCUGGUCCCGGUCGAGCUGAGCUGUCCGGCUGGGUCGAUUUUUGCGUACGAAGUAUCGCGGUGCGAACCGGACACCGAGUACGAGUGUUGGGUCAGCAAUGGCAGCAGCACUACGCGCGCCCCGGAGACGACCACCAACCCGGAUGCGCCCUUCGUGUGUACCAAACCGGGAAAGUACCCCAACAAGGACCGAACCGACUGCAAAACGUACAAGUACUGUGUCAACGCACCGGUUGGAUACACCGAGUACACGUUCAGCUGCCCGGGCACCACGCUGUUCGAUGAGGUCUCACUCAUCUGCUCGGCAAUCUACCAGUGUACCCGGGGCGGAUAG